GGGCGGCCAGAACUGCUGGAAUGCAAACACUGACUGACACGCUGGUUAAGGGACUCCAGAAGUUUCCAGAACGAGAAAGUGGAGUGUCCGCGGGGGCCGGCUCGGAUUUGACAGUCCCUGAGCCUGACCUGAGCCAUUUGGGGGGUGCCUCUACCAUGGAUGAGAUUUUUGGCCGAAACAAGCAAGAACACCCAGUUCCUCUGAAGGCAGAAGUGAAAGGUGAGGUGCCAUCCUGGCUGUGUGGGACUCUACUUCGGAAUGGCCCGGGUAUGCACACAAUUGGGGAAAACAGAUACAACCACUGGUUUGAUGGUUUGGCUUUACUACACAACUUUACAAUUAAAAAUGGUGAAGUGCACUAUCGAAGUAAAUACCUCAGAAGCGACACCUACAAUUCCAAUAUUGAAGCAAACAGGAUCGUGGUUUCUGAGUUUGGAACCAUGGCUUAUCCAGAUCCCUGCAAAAAUAUAUUUGCCAAAGCUUUCUCCUACCUGUCGCAUACCAUCCCAGAGUUCACAGACAACUGCCUGAUCAACAUCAUGAAAUGUGGGGAGGAUUUCUACGCUACGACGGAGACCAAUUUCAUUAGGAAAAUCAACCCUCAAACGCUGGAAACACUGGAGAAGGUUGAUUACCGAAAAUAUGUAGCAAUCAAUCUGGCAACUUCUCAUCCCCAUUAUGACGUCAGCGGAAACGUUCUCAACAUGGGCACAUCUAUAGUCGACAAGGGGAAGACCAAAUAUGUGGUCUUUAAGAUCCCUUCCAUCAUCCCAGAGAAAGAGAAGAAGGAAAAUCCCUUGAAGCGGAUAGAAGCGCUCUGCUCCAUUCCAUCUCGCUCACUCCUCCACCCAAGCUACUACCAUAGUUUUGGAGUCACAGAAAACUACAUCAUUUUUCUUGAGCAACCAUUCAGACUGGAUAUUCUUAAGAUGGCAACGGCUUACAUCAGAGGGGUCAGCUGGGCUUCCUGCAUGAGCUUCCAUGAAGAUGACAAGACUUAUAUUCACAUCGUCGAUCGAAGGACUAGGAAAUCACUGUCGACCAAGUUCUAUACUGAUGCUAUUGUCGUCUUCCACCAUGUCAAUGCCUUUGAAGAGGAGGGCCACGUCGUGUUUGAUGUCAUUUCCUACAAGGACAGCAGCCUUUACAACAUGUUCUACUUAGCGAACUUGAAUCAAAACUUUGAAGAAAACUCCAAACUUACUUCCACCCCAACCCUCAACCGAUUUGUUGUUCCCCUGAGAUUCGACAAGGAUGCAGAAGUGGGCUGUAACUUAGUCCAGCUUGCAUCAACAACUGCGACAGCUUUAAGAGAAAAAGAUGAUCACGUCUACUGUCAUCCCGAAGAACUACACGAAGGAAUAGAGUUACCGCACGUCAGUGUUGGUUAUGAUGGCAAACAUUACAGAUAUAUCUUUGCAGCAGAAGUUCAGUGGAGUCCAGUCCCAACCAAGAUAAUCAAAUUUGAUAUUCAUACCAAGACGUCAUUAAAAUGGGAGGAAGAGCACUGCUGGCCUGCUGAGCCUGUAUUUGUCCCUAGGCCUAACGCCAAGGAAGAGGAUGAUGGUAUCAUAUUGUCAGCGAUUGUCUCCACGGAUCCCAAGAAAUUCCCUUUUUUGCUCAUACUGGAUGCUAAAGACUUCACCGAACUGGCUCGGGCCUCAGUAGAUGCAGACAUGAAUCUGGAUCUCCAUGGACUAUUCAUACCAGAAAAGGAGAUGAGCUCCCAGGGCCAAUGAUGGCAUUGUCAUCAGUCAAUUACUCAAUCAGUAGUAUUUAUUAAGUACUUACACCUUGUAGAGCACUGUACUAAGCUCUGGGGCAGGAGCAUAAAACAUAAAACUGUACGUAGACAUGAUCCCUGCCCUCAAUGAUUGUAUAAUCUAGCAGGGGAGAUAGACACUAAAAUAAAUUAAUGUAGGGAGAAACAGUGGAGUAUAAAGAUAUGUAGAAAUGUGGAAGAGGGGGAAAGUACUCAAGUGUUUAAUUGAGAUGAAAGGUUAAUCAGGGAAGACCUUCUGGAGGAGAUAUGAAUUCAGAAGAGCCUUGAAGAUGGGGAGAGCAAUUGUCAGCCCAAGCAUCUUACUGAUGUGCCAAUUUAGCCCUACUGCAAUGAUGAAUUAUGAUGUACCUCAGACAAAAUCCAGUUCCUUAUAAAAGAUAAAAGAAUCUAA